UCUGGUGCAUCACAGCCGGCAUCACACCGCUAUCGCUAUACGUCGUGUGCCCUUGCCCGCUUCUUUAACAAAAACCGGCCGCUUCGUUGUGACGCUCUGCCGCCCCUGCAAGAUGCCUCCACCCAAGGAUCUUCCGGGCUUCUACUUUGAUCCUGAGAAGAAUCGCUACUUCCCAAUCAAAGGUCCCAUACCGGGUGCAAAGCGUCCUUUUUCUUCGUCACUGGGGCAAGGUCAGCCCUCCGGCCGAAAUCAGAAGCAUCGAGCACAUCAACCAGGCAGCAGAAAGCAGAUAAAACCUUCUGAAUUGCUUCGUCUUAGGGAGAUACAUGGUAGACUUCUCUUCUCCCAAAAAUGUAGACACAACUUUGAACAAGAAUACAGAAAAUUUCAAGCUUCUUAUCCUGUGGUAUGGAAAUAUCAGAAUACAAUUCACAGUGCUGUUAGUGCGCUGGAACAAUUGGAUGGCAUCGUUCAAACACCAAGAGGUUUAGAGGAGACAAAGUUUUUAACAACGGGCAAUAUGAUUGGUGCAAUCAGUCUCUUUGAGAUUGGAAAUGUUGGACGUUACUUUGAUUAUGGGCUUGAGUGGAUACCUGGUGCUGUUUGGCCUCCCUCAAGCAAACACAAAGUGGGCUGUGCUUACGCAAUUCGGAGUAUUUGGCGUUUAGCGGAAACCUUCUCAAGUUUUGACUCUGGUAUAUCUUGCAUAAGGAGGAUUGCCAAGCACUCUCAUGAUCGAUCUGAUGAUAGUUCAUCCUUCCAGCAGGCACUGGUGACUGCUCUUGGGUCAGGACUGUCCAGUGGUUCAGUCUGCAUUCUGAAUCUCAGUGAACCUCUAGAUCUUAGUCUAUGUUCUUCCAGUCUAGAUGGCAGAAUUUCAAGGAUCGCUUCAUUUGAUCGCACGAUAUGGACUGCUGAUUGCAACUCAAAUGGGAAACAAGCUGUUAUUGGCACUAAUCUUGGAGCUGCUUUGAUAGAUCUAGAAACCAGAGGGUUGUCGUGGGUGUACCGUAGUAAAAGUGACGUAUUGUCACAACAAUUUGAUCAAUCGGGAAAUGUUGUUUUAUGUGGUCAUAGAAAUGGAGCUGUCAUUGCAGUCGAUAUUCGUGAGAGACAAAGAGGAUACUCUGACCUUUUGGCUGGAUCUUCACCUCGAAUACCAGAUACUCACAGAACAGCUCAUGCUCAUCUAGCUAGGAAUGACAAAAGGUCUACAAAGUUUCAGCAUAGAAAAAAUCUCAAUUCCUCAAAUGCUGUCUUCAUGUCCUCAGCUGUUUGCAGUUUGGUAGCACUUCAAUCAUAUGAUCAAUACUUCUUAGGGAGCUCCAUGGAUGGAUCUGUGCAUUAUAAAUUUGCAUUUUGUCUGUUGUGAGAUGAAGUUCUUUGAUCAUGGUAGUUGCCAUGGAAGUCUUUCAUGUAGACAUGCUGAAUAUGAUAAACCAGCUUUCUAUGCUUGAGAAGGGCAUACAACUUCCUUUGCUGCUGAAAUUCAGAAAGCAAGUGCUCAAGUGAUAACAUUUAUUUGCAAGCUGUAAAUCCACUAAUGUGGGUGUAUUUGUACAUAUCCUGUAGUUAACUGUAAACCAUGUGCUUCUUUUUCAGUGCUAUGAUAUGAAGCAUGAGAAUACAUGAAUUAGACAUUCUGCAACUAUAUGCAACCAAUAUUGUGACAAAAACCUGAGCUCGCACAAUGGAUUUGCCUUAUUAAUUGUAAAGGCAUGCAGUAAUGUCAAUCAUCAUAUUAAGUCCAUUGGCCGGUUAAUAUGUGAUAGUUGGAAGUGUAAUAGUUUGCAGUGUUAGGGUGGUUGGAAUGAACUGUAAUAGGGGAUAAUGCUGUAUUGGCAGAUGAAGUGAAGCUCUAUCUAUCUUGUCUAGCCCAUUUAGGGAUAUCCCUCUUGCUAUUAGAGCAGAGCUGCAUUAUCUGACUGUUUGACAAAUAAUUGUGAGCUUAGGUGACAAAGGCACCUAAUCUGGAUCCCAGUGUAAGCAACCCUAUCAUAUAAUGUUUUAAAUUGGCACAAUAUCAUGCUCCUUGUACCCUGAGAUACAAGUAUGCGUAAUUCAUGUAAAAUCAGUUGUUCAUUUUUGUUUUUUUCAUGAGUUAAUCUCUAUUUGUAUGCAAGUUUAACUUUAGCUUGGAGAAGGAUCAGAAGUGGCCCUUAACCUUAGUGAACCUAUACCCAUCAAAGGUUCAGAGUUGCAGUUGAAACAGAUCAUUUUUUUGAGCAGGCUUGAGCUCAUCUGGUCAUGAGUUACAGCCAGAUUCAGCCAUUUUCAGUUGAAGCUGACUAGGUCUAUCCAAUUUCAAUCGUUAUAAUGGACUCAGUCAAUCUUGGACAAAACUAGUGAUGGUUGCUAUAUUCAUGUUGGUCUUUUUGUGUCAUUGUUGGAUCAUUUCUUUGUUUCCUGUAGACUGUAGAGCAGGAGAUGAGAAGAGUGGUGUGUCUAUUUGAUGCAGCAUUUAAUUCAAAUACCCAAC